AGAGCAGCUGUUUCGCAUUCUGCUCUUGGCAGCUGCGUGGAGAAGCCACAGGCUGACAGAUUGAUGCGGUGACAUUUCAGUGGAGAAGCUCUGGGAAAGGAAAACACCUUUUCUGAAAGGACGGUCACAGGAGAGCAGAUAGGCAGCUUCCAGCAGCCGGUGUGAUCUGAACUGAGCUGGGCCGGUCUGCUGUUAUUGGACGCUACUGGGAGCUACUCGUCACAGUUGUCUCGCCAGGCUCGUUAUGACGCAGGAGCUCCAGACUUCAGAUGCUCCUGGUGGUGGAUGAAUUUCUGAGUUAGUUUCUGUGCAGGUUGCUGCUGUGAAGAGCAGAAAGUAAUCUGUUGGGAUCUUUGAGAUUUUGGAGAGUUUGGUUUGUUUUUUUCUGAAGUUAAAAAGUGAAAGUGUGUGUGUUAGGUAGAAGUUCUCUCUGGACUGUGGACUGAACUCUGGAGAGCAUCUCCUCCCUCCAGCAGCAGCAGUAGCAGUAGCAGUAUUUAGCAGGGGUAUUUGGGGUGAUCUGAGCUGGGACAUGGCUAGCUCUGGGGUGCAGCUGCUGGGCUUCUCCCUCUCUCUGGUUGGGAUCUUGGGGCUGAUCGUGGGCACCGUGCUGCCCCAGUGGAAGAUGUCUGCGUACGUGGGGGACAGCAUCAUCACCGCUGUGGCUACAUACCAGGGGCUGUGGAUGUCCUGCGCCUUUCAGAGCACCGGACAGCUCCAGUGCAAAAUCUACGACUCUAUUCUGCAGCUGGACAGUGCCCUUCAAGCAACCCGUGCUCUAAUGAUCGUGGGCAUCAUCGUGUCCAUCGCUGGCCUGGGCGUGGCCUGCAUGGGUAUGAAGUGCACCACCUGCGGCGCCGAAGAUAAAGUGCGCAAAGCCCGCAUCGCCAUGACCGGAGGCAUUAUACUGCUGGUGGGAUCCCUCAGUGCGAUUGUGGCAUGCUCUUGGUUCGCCCACAACGUGAUCCGUGCGUUCUACAACCCCUUCACUCCUGUCAACACCAAGUUUGAGUUUGGUGCAGCCAUUUUCAUCGCAUGGGGCGGAUCUUUUCUGGAUGUUCUUGGAGGAGCUAUGUUGGCGGCCUCCUGCCCUCGGGGCAAACAGGUGACCAAGUACCCCAAAAGCUCUGCUCGUGCCCCCAGCAGCACUAAGGAGUAUGUGUGACUGCCCUCAACUGGACACACAUAAGAACUGCAUCUGGUGAAGGAUCCCCUGUAAAGGAACACUGACUGGACUGGGCCUGGUGGAUUGAAGUGAAGUUAGUUGGCAGAAAACAUGUUAAAUCCAUAGAGAAAGAACUGUGGUGAGUGUUUGAUAUCAGAUGUUAUGUGGCUAUUUUUCACUGAAUAAAAAAAAAAAAAACAAUAGAGUUUACAUUUUAUAAUGACCCCUAAUACUGUUAUAUAUAUAUAUAUAUAUAUAUAUAUAUAUAUAUAUAUAUAUAUAUAUAUAUAUAUAUAUAUAUAUAUUUCUGGGGACAGAAAAAAAAUACUCUCUGUUGUAUGAGCUGCUGUAUGCUACUAGCUCACUAUUUUUGAAUAUGGUAUUUUUUCAGCAAGUCACACUUGACUAUUAAGACUAGUGAGUGCUGUAUAGAUCUAGCGUUGCUAUGAAUUACUAUCUUCUCGACUAGAGGGCCUAAUAGGUGGGUGUUAUCUAAAAUUAAAGGGAAGGUCUCAGAAAAACAGGACAGUGCGCUAAACAUCCUAAUAGAACAUGAACUGAAUGUUCUUUGGUAUGAUCAGCCAAAAUCCUAAAAUAAAAAUACUAUUCUGUCAACAAUAGAGUUAAGUAAGUGAUAUUGGCUUGAUUUUAAAAUUCAGUGAGUGGAAUGUCAACUUAGAAAUAAAUACAUAAAGAGCCUCCUCACACCAUAGCAAAUGGUAAGAUUAAUAUAAUUAUCUGGUUUAAUUAUAUUGCUUGAGGCUGGUAACUGUUUUGGUUAUGUCCCAACAUUUCUGAGGCUUUUAGAGUAGACAAAUAAUUACAGGCUGAUAUAUAAUCAUGUGUUGUCCUGUUUGUCCUGUUGAGUAUAAAAGCCCCGCUCUUGUUAGUGUAGCAUAAAAUAGGUAGUUACAUCACUCAACAUACACAUGUUCAGCUGUUUUUAAUGACUGUUUUAUCUGUUUGUUUGUUUAUUCAUUGCUACAUACACACUUUUAUCAUACAGUUUCCAAAUGUACAAUAAAAGUCAUUGUUUCCUCAUUA